AUGGCCGACCCUUCCAUCCCUGAAACGCUGAACAGCGUCUUUGAUGCUCCCCUCAAGGACCGAUAUGACCCUAGAGUCCUGGGCCACGAUUCCGACAGCGAGGCCAUCGCAAAGAUCGCCAGUGCCGAUACUUCAUAUACCACCUUUGUCGCCGAGAACGCUCGCGCCAUCCUUGAAUCGCCGGGCGACGGCUUGACUGUCAAGCAAACACAAUCGCAAAUCCUGCACAUUGGUCUGGCAGCAUUGUUCAGUUUCCUGCAGUCAAACGUCACUGGACCUCCGCUGGUUUUCAGCUCAGCGGAGACUGUGCUUCCGACUGCUCUCCGAAGCGAUGUCAAGGUCCUCGGUGCUGUGCGGGCGAAGGUCAUUCGUGAUCUCACCGUUGAUGGUGAGGCCGCCUACAAGCUCACACCCAACUCGGAACUUUUCUCAGUCGCCAAGGCUCUGCUUGUUGAUGCAAGCACCGACGACUCGGUUGUUGCGAAGACGGCUAGAAUGCGUGUCAACUUCCUUCACCAGAAGAUGCUCUCCGAAGUCACAAGCACAUUGCAGGAUUCCAUCUACAAGGACGUGGAAGCUUUGAACAAGGCGGAUUUGACUCCUGAUGAAAAAGGGCGUUUCUUAUUGGAGCGCGCAAUUAUCAACACCCACCACGGAUUUGAUGUGAAGGCACGAGCGGAUCUCGAUCAGGCAUGCCAGGUCCGGAAUUUUGAAUUUGCUUUGACGGGUCAGAUGGGUAAGCGCACGAAGUUCCAGGAGCGCGAUACUAGUCAAUUGGUAGUUCUGGCCAAGAGUGCGGACGAAACUCCCAAGUCCGCAGAUGCUUCGGGUCCUAAGAACGUGGAUCUCGACGAUGAUACCCUGCUUGAAGCAAUCUCUUUCACCGAGAGCAAAGCUACAAAUGUCCAAGACGAACUUUCUCCCACCCUGCAGUCGAUCGACCCUAAUGACCAGCCUAUUCUUAACCCCGUGGAUUCGGCCAUCUUGCUAGCGAUGGCAUCCGCUAUUACCAAUACUGCGCCUGAGAACGGUCUGACGCGGGAGGAGACACAACCAUACGCCACUCGAGUUCUCGAGGGUGGCAGCUCAAACUGGCAAAUUUAUACACAGGCUUUGUUAGUACGUAGUCGUGUGGAGGGCUUCCGAUCGCGAACUGUCGAGAGAUCUGUGUUGCAAAUGCAGGCCCUCGUUGAUCAGGUCAUUGCGGACACAGCGACAGAUGACACCGCUGCACAGCAGCCUUCAGCUGAGCCCACUACUUUCUUACCUCGCCCCGAGAAAUCCGAGUCUGCCUCCGCCUCUGAUCGAUUGGAAUAUAUCUGGCUCAUGAACUUCUCGACUCGGUGGAACCUCGAGUCCGAGCUGGCCAAGCGCUGGGUCGAGCUGGGCGGUCUCCGUACCGCGCUUGAAAUUUACGAAAGACUUCACAUGUGGGCUGAGGCUGCUCUGUGCUACGCCGCAACUGAGAAUGAAGCCAAAGCUAAAAGCAUUGUGCGCCGCCAACUUUACGAAGCGACAGGCCCGGACGAAGAUGACGAGAAUGAGCAAUUUGAUGGCCCCGAGCGGUCACCUGCAGCUUUGCCAGCAGAUGCGCCACGCCUGUUCUGCAUCUUGGGAGAUAUCGAGAAAAACGAGAAGAUGUAUGAACGCGCCUGGGAAAUCUCAGGGAACCGAUAUGCUCGCGCCCAACGCUCUCUCGCCCGUCAUUACCUUGCUCUCACACCACCUGAUCUGCUGCAGGCCGAAGAUGCCUACCGCAAGAGUCUAACCAUCAGCCGUCUCAACCACAGCGCUUGGUUCGCUCUUGGCUGUGUCCAACUUGAGCUUGAGCACUGGAAAGACUCCACCGAUUCUUUCACUCGCUGCGUGCAACUAGAUGACACCGAUGGCGAGGCAUGGAGUAAUCUAGCAGCCUCUAUGCUACGUUCAUCCGCGCCAGAUUCCACCCCGGACGUAGAAGUCGACGAAAAUAACCCAGACGUCGACCCCCACAAGCGCAAGCGUGAAGCCCUAUCCGCCCUCCUCCGCGCCGCGCAACUUAAGCACAGCAACGCCCGCAUCUGGGAUAAUGUGCUCACAGUCGCCGCUUCGAUUCCCUCGCCCUCGACACCCUUCCGCGACGUGAUCACAGCUCAGAAGCGGAUCAUCGAACUUCUUGGCGCGAAGAAGGGCGAGAAGUGCGUUGACGGUCCUAUUCUCGCUAUGCUUGUCGACUUCCUCUGCACAGCCUUCGACUACAAUUCCCUCUUCGUCGAGUCCGACUCUGGCCGCGUUAUUCGCUCGGGUACUAUUCCCGGUCAGAUCCUCUCCCUAAUUGACGACCACGUUGUCCCUCUGAUCACGCACUCCGCUGCACUGUGGCUCGUCGUCUCGCGAGUCGAGGUAUUCCGACAACGGCCUGCUGCUGCUCUGGAGGCGCAUGAGAAAUCUUGGCGAGCGACUGUCGCGAAUAAUGCCCAGGGCGCGUUCCAAAUGGGUGAUGAGAAGCCUUGGUUAGAAAUUGUUCGCUCUACCGAGAAACUUGUGCGCGAGGGAUAUGCCAAGUUCGGCCCCAUGGAUCGUGAGAACCAGCAAGUCGAUGGAGAUAAGGAGCUUGAGCUGGUCGCUAGUGACUGGCGCUUCAAGGCCCGGAGUGCCGUCCGCGGAAUCCUCGGCAAGGGCAAGGAUUUCUGGGAAGAUUCCGUGGGAUGGACUCGUCUGAAGACACUUCAGAGUGAAGUCACUGGUAACUAG